AUGCCGCAGAGCACCGCUCGUCUGCUCGCCGCCGCCGCCGUGUCCGCACCGCUGGCGGCAUCCCUUUUCGUCUCCCCGGACUCGCCAUGCUCAAAAUACUGCGGCAAUGUCCAAUCCUCGACGGCUACCGACGAGAUGGCCUGCGAUGCCGGCACUCUUAGGGGCACCCCGACAGGUGUCGUGUGGGAGAGCUGUAUCGACUGCCUACUUACUAGCACCCACGUCGCCGGCAAGCAGUCAGAUUUACAAGCAUUACUCUAUAACCUACGGUUUAGUAUGGGACACUGUCUGUUCGGCGGGAGCACAAACCCAUGCGUGACCAGCACGGCAUGCGAACCGUUCAAGGACGCCGUUAUAUACCAGAACAUGACGACCUCGGUCGGCCCUCUGGACUAUUGCAAGAGGUGGGAGGAGGAUAUGGUCGAGCACUGCAGUACUUGCCUGGUGCCACUCGUACAAGACGACGUCGACGGCCUAUCUCAGAACAACUACAUGACGAUCCUCGAGGCAGCAUGCGAGCAGAAGACGAAACCCGGUUCGACCGUAUCUAUUGAUGGCGAUCCCUUCGGUUUCCAACCUAUCACCAUCGUCGCGCCGGAAGUUACUUAUGUAGGGGUCCCGAGCCCCGACUACGGCCCUGUCUCCCUCGGUGCCCGUGUCGGCAUCGCCUUUGGUGGCCUGGCCCUCAUCCUCGCCAUCGUUGGCUUCUGCAUCGUCUUUAACGGCAAGCGGAAACGCCGUGCCUUCCUACGCGAUCUCGAGCGCCGCCAUGGCGGCCAGGGUUGGCCACACCCCAAAACCCGCUACGGCGGCGGCGACGGGCAGGACAUGUUUGAGACACCGGUCAGCCAGCAGCCCCUGCGCGGGUGGGAGAACGGAAGCCCCGUAAGCGCACAUACGGACGCGACGUUCCCGCGCUACUUCAGCCCCUACUCGAGCCAGUACAACAGCCCUGUUGCUGGGCCCGACGGAUCAGGACCCAGCAACGCUCAGUGGCCGACUAUCGCGAGCCAUCUCCCCACGCAGCAGCAGCUCGACCAGAUAAUCCAGGCGCAAUCACCCGCCCACGGCUCACCACCACCCGCAUUUACACAAUGGCCAACGACCAGCCAGGAGAAGAUGGUCAUGCAAAUGCACACGCAACCCGAGAAGAGGCAAAACGAGAUGGCGAUCGGGGUUGCGCUCGGCGGGGAUGAGACGAGUUUACGGUCCAAGGCGUCAAACCUGAACCUCAACGGCUACCCGAUCGAGUCCAAGGGCAAGGGGAGAGACGAGGCAUACGAGAUGCACGAGGUGGAAAGCCCGUACGCAACUGCCAACGGGGACGCGGCGGGUCGGCAGUACGAGUAUCCAUACAGGAUGCCCGCGGAACCACAAGCUCCAGUGCUGCACCACCCCGGCUACGGGAGGCAUCACGGGUCGCGGCCCGGGUACAUGAUCAAGCCGCAGAACAUGGUGCCGACGCUUAACACCAGCGACUGGCCCCUGCUGCUGAAGAACUACGACAAGAUGCUGGUGCGCUCCGGCCACUUCACGCCCAUUCCCAACGGCUCGUCGCCCUACAAGCGCGACAUCAAGUCCUACGUUUCGAGCGGUGUCAUCAACCUCGACAAGCCGUCAAACCCCUCGUCGCACGAAGUCGUUGCGUGGCUCAAGCGAAUGCUCCGUGUGGAGAAGACUGGUCACUCCGGUACCCUCGAUCCCAAGGUCACUGGCUGCUUGAUUGUCUGCAUUGACCGCGCCACGCGUCUCGUCAAGGCCCAGCAAGGUGCCGGUAAGGAGUACGUUGCCGUUGUCCGCUUCCACGACACCAUCCCCGGCGGCGAGCCGGCCUUCGCCAAGGCCCUCGAGACCCUCACCGGUGCCCUGUUCCAGCGCCCGCCCCUUAUUUCGGCCGUCAAGCGCCAGCUGCGUAUCCGGACGAUCCACGAGAGCAAGCUGAUCGAGUUCGACAACGACCGCCACCUCGGCGUCUUCUGGGUGUCCUGCGAGGCCGGUACCUACAUCCGUACUCUCUGCGUGCACUUGGGUCUGCUCCUCGGCGUGGGCGCGCACAUGCAGGAGCUCCGCCGUGUGCGCUCCGGUGUCAUGUCGGAGGACAACGGCUCGCUAGUUACGUUGCACGAUGUCCUCGAUGCCCAAUGGCAGUACGACAACGGCGGCGACGAGUCGUACCUGCGCAAGGUCAUCCAGCCGCUCGAGACGCUGCUCUGCACGUACAAGCGCCUUGUCGUCAAGGACUCGGCUGUCAACGCCGUCUGCUACGGCGCCAAGCUGAUGCUGCCCGGUCUGCUGCGGUACGACGCCGGCAUUGACGCCCACGAGGAGGUCGUCCUCAUGACCACCAAGGGCGAGGCCAUCGCCAUCGGCAUUGCCCAGAUGAGCACUGUUGAGAUGUCCACAUGCGACCACGGCGUCGUCGCCAAGGUGAAGCGCUGCAUCAUGGAGCGCGACCUGUACCCCCGCCGCUGGGGUCUCGGCCCUGUCGCCAUGGAGAAGAAGAAGCUCAAGGCGGACGGCAAGCUGGACAAGUUCGGCCGCACCAACGAGGCCACCCCGGCCAAGUGGCAGCAGGGCUACACCGACUACGGCGCCGCCGACGCCGCUGCCGCUGCUGCCAACGCUGCUGCUGCGCCUGAGCCUGCCUCUCCCGAGAAGAAGGCCGAGUCUGCGCCGGCCGCGGAGGAGAAGGCGGACGAGGACAACAAGAAGCGCAAGAAGCACGACGGCGAGACGGCCGAGGAGAAGGCGGAGCGGAAACGGUUGAAGAAGGAGAAGAAGGAGAAGAAAGAGAAGAAGAAGGGGAAGGAGGCGGAUGACAGUGAUUAA